AUGACAUUCUUCUGCAAGCCAUGCCGGUUACAACGAUGCUUUGAGAUGGGAAUGGUUACAGCUAAUUUCCAAUACAACCGAGACGGUAUAAUUACCCCAUCAGUUCCUACCACAAUCUCUACAGUAUCCCACAUCACACCAUCCCUCGAGCAAUAUCUCGGGCGGCCCCAUUUCGUAAUUUUAUCCGAUAAAAAUCCUAAAAAGACAAUAAUUGAUCUACACCGACUUCUCGGAGAAGCCACGAAAAUUCUGAAUCUCGGACCGGCCACGCCCAUUUUUUGUGAUGGUAGCCAACUGAAGAAGUUGAGUUUCGGAAUGAAGAAUGAAUUUGAUCUACGGAAAUUGAAAAUGGCGACUCGGAUGACACAGACAGAAAUCGCUGGAAAUUGGGAGUUUUAUGUGAAGAAAGUGGCCACGUGGCUGACACAUUUCGAUGAGUUCAAGAAGUUACCAGUUGGUAUGCAGAUGAAAAUGUUGCAAACCAUUUGGCACAUUUGGAGUCGAUUAGAAAAAUUAUCGACAACUGCAAAAUACAGGAGAAGCUCCGGAAGAAAUAAGAGAUCAGAAAUCGUGGUGCAGUCCGGGGUGCUCAUUGAUAUUUCUGAGGUGGAUUUUGAUUCAAAAUGGAUGAGUGACUAUCCAACAGAUCAAGUUAGGAGAUUCAUGAUGCACUCUUCGUGUGACCAAUUCACCGUAACCGAUCACCUUACUGAAAUGGAGUUAUCAGAUGUGGAGCUGACCUUCAUGCUGGCUCAGCUAUGCUUCCAAUACGCCGGCAGUCGAUAUCAGGGAGAGAUUCAGGAGGUCUGUGAUCGAUUAAUGACGAUUCUGUCGGAUGAUCUACACGAUUAUUAUGUGAACGAGUUGAAUAUGCCAAGGUAUUUCAAGAGGUUGGCGAAGAUGAUGCAGAUCAAUAAUGAGAUUCAGCACAACAUCCGUCGAGGUCGAGAUCGAAUGGAAGUGAUUCACACGUUUCGGAUUCUGAAGUUGGAAUUCACACAUCCGGAAAUGUUUUUGGAUUCGGGUUUUAAUUGA